CUUUGCUUCCUUCAGGGAGCGCGUUCAUAAAGUUCCAAAAACCUGGUUUUGAAUGGAUGCUUCGAUUCAUGCCACCUACAGUUUCAAACAAAACUCUUAGGAACAAAAUUCCAUUGCUUUUGGGGUUGCUUGUUUAGAGGGAAUUUAGAAUCUGGCACAUUGGAAGGAGGCUUUAAAAGUUGUCCCUUUGAGGUGGUUUUUCAUGGGUUGAACUCAAGGAAUAAUGGGUAGCCUCAGUGAAGAAGAUUUUCGAUUUUUUGAUGCCCCUGAAGACAUUGCAUCAACAUCCUCUUCAAAUUCUGAUUACAUCGAGAUAUUUGAUCCUAAUUCUACUCCUGGCAGUCCUCCCGUGGGUGGUUUCCAAUAUGAUGUAUGGAUUCAUAGCCCAGGGAGUGUUAAGGAGAGGCGCAAUAAGUUUUUUGAUUGGCUGGGGAAUAGUUUGGACCAAAUUGUUCCUCAGAAUUCCGUGGAUGAUAGCAGUAUGGAAGGAGAACUUGAUAGGGUGAGAGAGACAAAUGGUGCUGUUCUGAGAACAUCUGGUUUUGUGGAAGAGUUUUCUUCAAGCCGAUCUUCACUUUCCUGUUUUUCUGAAUGCUUUGAUUUUUCUGAGGAAUCCAUUUCUAGAGAGAAAUUCAUGAGCAGGGAAGGUAAUUCAGAUGGAGGAGCAGCAUGCCAUGAGGAUGAAUUGAGGCAAGAUGGGAAGACUUGCAGAAGUUGUGAGAUGAAUUCAGACCCGUUGGCAACUCAUGAAGAGUUUGAGAACACUUCUUCAUCAUCUCCCUCAUAUCAACAACAUAGGGGGAAGGAAGAUGAAGGGCAGAAUAAAUUGGUGGGAGUAGGAAAGAGAGUUAAGAACAAGUGGUUGCAUAAAUUACGUUCAUUAGCAUGUGUUGUGGAUUAUCAAGGGAAAACUAAUCGAUUGAUAGCCCAUGGUGAUGAUCAUGCAAUUUUGGGGACUAGGAUUCAGAGAGUUAAGGUCCGCCAGAGUAGGAAGCGAUUGAAAGAACUUUCUGCAGUUUAUAAGGCACAGGAUAUCCAGGCCCAUGAGGGUUCAAUCUUGACAAUGAAGUUCAGUCCUGAUGGGCAGUACCUUGCAAGUGCUGGGGAAGAUGGUGUUGUUCGAGUGUGGCAAGUGGUGGAGGAUGAGAGAUGUAAUGACAUUGACAUUCCAGAGAUAGAUCCUUCAUGCAUAUACUUUGCGGUGAAUCAUCUUUCUGAAUUGAAACCUCUCUUCCUGGAUAAGGAUAAGGUCAGCAAUACGAGGAGUCUGAGAAAAACUUCUGAUUCUGCCUGCGUCAUUUUCCCUUCCAAAGUGUUCCGGAUAUUGGAGAAACCAUUGCAUGAGUUUUGUGGACACAGAGAUGAGGUCUUGGAUCUAUCAUGGUCAAAGAAAAAUCAUUUGCUAUCUUCUUCGCUGGAUAAAACUGUGCGUUUGUGGAAAGUAGGAUCUGAUCAGUGUCUCAGAGCCUUCUCGCAUAGUAAUUAUGUGACCUGUGUUCAGUUUAACCCUGUGGAUGAUAAUUACUUCAUUAGUGGCUCAAUAGAUGGAAAAGUUCGCAUUUGGGCAAUUUCUACUUGCCAGGUUGUUGAUUGGACAGACAUAAGAGAUAUGGUUACUGCAGUGUGUUAUCAGCCAGAUGGACAGGGAGGGAUUAUUGGCACCAUGUCAGGCACUUGCCGCUUUUACAAUAUGUCAGAUAAUAACUUGCAACUAGAUGCUCCAGUAUACUUAAGCAGUAAAAAGAAGUCAGUUUGCAGAAGGAUAACUAGUUUGCAGUUUUUCCCUCAAGAUUCAAGUAAAGUGAUGGUUACUUGCGCUGAUUCACAAGUCAGAAUUCUACAAGGACUUAACGUGAUUGCCAAAUACAAGGGCCUACAUAAUGUUGGAAACCAGACAUCUGCAUCUUUGACUCCAGAUGGGAAGCAUAUUAUUUCAGCUUGUGAGGAUUCAAAUGUCUACAUGUGGAAUUAUGUUGAUCAGGAAAAUUUUUCUCUUCCUAAAACUAAAAGCAUAAGGUCUUGUGAGUGGUUCUCCACUAAUGCAUCCAUUGCAAUUCCUUGGUGCGGCUUGAAAUACGGACAUUUAGAAAAUGGAAGACAGUUUCAAGUAUUGAAUGACAAUUUAGCGGAAACUUUGCCAUAUUCUUCCCCUGCUUAUUUCUCCUUGAGCAACGAAUACUUUUUAGAGUCUUUUCCAAAGGGAGCUGCAACUUGGCCAGAGGAAAAGCUACCUCCAUCAAGUCCAUCAUCCAUAUCCUCAGCAAUGCACAAAUCCCAGUACAAGUUUCUAAAGUCUUCAUGCCAGAGUACCUUCAGAUCCCAUGCAUGGGGUCUUGUAAUUGUGACAGCAGGGUUGGAUGGACGGAUUAGAUCAUUCCACAAUUAUGGCUUGCCAGUAGCUGUUUGAGUUUUAGUUUCCUAAUGGAAGGCAUCAGAGAAUGAGAAUCCUCCCUUAGGUUGGGCUCUAUAUGAAGCGCCAACUUUGGUUGACUAGUUACUGCUGAGGCAAUGUUGUAUCAUUGGCUGACAAGUGCCCUUGAGUUUGGAAGCGUCAAACUUUCAACAGCUGGCUCUGGUUCCAAUACUUUGUCAGGUAUUUGCAGCCUAGAAGGCAAUUGAAAAUAUUAGGUUUUCCAAGGGCAAGUUCAGAGGUGAUCUAUUCAAAUUGGGAUCACAAGUUGCAGCAGUACCCUGAUUAUAGUAAAGCAUCUUGAAACAAGCAAGUGGUUGAGGUUAGCUCAUCUCAGUGCCCAGCUUAAUCAUGAUUGAUUUAUUACUUAAAAAAUUUUGUCCGCCAGCCCAAGAAAAGUUAUACAAGUCAUGUGUUUGGAGAGGGUCAGGGAAGCACUGAGAUCUUAAUUUUGUGGAGGUGCUGGUAGGACCUUGUAAAACUGAUUCUUUUGUAAUCUCAAGUAUUAGUGGGAAUCUGGAGUUGGUGGUUGUCAUUUAAUUGAUGGAAAAAUGGUGGGGAACUUCUCCAUUUUCAGAUGUUGGCGGUAUUGAAUGAUUGAAUUGCUUGUCUGCCAUUUCUGCUUUUUCUCAUUGUAGGGCCAAUUAUGCCUGGUCUUGGAUGUGAGCUUGAAAUGCAUAAUAUUGAGGUCUGCUGUUCUCUCAAAUGCUAGCCCUUUCCUUCCCUGGUAAAACAGUCACAGCAGACAUUGGCUAACAGCAAUCAAUGUUUCAAUGCCAAUAAUCUUUCCAGUUUUGCUGACAUAAUCAGUAUAUGUUGUCUAACAAUAUUUAUACUAACAUCUUAAUUAGUGGAGUUGUUUUUUUUUUUUUUUUUAAUUCAUUUUCGAGGGGGGAGAUUUAGGGUUGAAACAGAAGUAUGUUUUGAGGUUGACAUACAUGUAACUGUAUUUAGUUGCUGUAAAUAAAUUACCAUUGGAUUG